ACUCACUCACUCACUCGUUUCUUCAAAAUCACCAACCAUGGCGGAGAGAGGCGGAGGUGAGAGAGGCGGUUUCGGGCGAGGCUUCGGCGGCGGAGACAGAGGCAGAGGCCGCGGCGGUGACCGCGGCCGAGGCCGCCGUCGUGGCCCCCGGCGCGAAGAAGAAGAGAAAUGGGUUCCAGUCACCAAACUGGGCCGCCUCGUCAAAGACGGCAAGAUCCGAAGCUUGGAGCAAAUCUACCUCCACUCUCUCCCCAUCAAGGAACACCAAAUCAUCGAUACCCUAGUCGGUCCAUCUCUCAAAGACGAGGUCAUGAAGAUCAUGCCGGUCCAGAAACAGACUCGGGCCGGCCAGAGAACCCGGUUCAAGGCCUUCGUGGUCGUCGGAGAUGGGAAUGGGCAUGUGGGUCUGGGCGUCAAGUGUAGCAAGGAGGUUGCGACGGCGAUUCGAGGAGGGAUAAUAUUGGCGAAGCUGUCGGUGAUUCCGGUGAGGAGAGGGUAUUGGGGGAACAAGAUUGGGAAGCCGCAUACGGUGCCGUGUAAGGUUACGGGGAAAUGUGGGUCAGUGACGGUGAGGAUGGUGCCGGCGCCGAGAGGGGCUGGGAUUGUGGCGGCUAGGGUUCCCAAGAAGGUGCUGCAGUUUGCUGGGAUUGAGGAUGUCUUUACUUCCUCUCGUGGGUCUACCAAAACUCUUGGGAAUUUUGUCAAGGCCACUUUUGAUUGUCUGUUGAAAACAUAUGGUUUCUUGACACCUGAUUUCUGGAAGGAAACCCGCUUUUCAAGAUCCCCGUUUCAAGAAUAUACGGAUUUCUUGGGAAAGCCUACGAAGCCCCUCAUAAUUGAUGAUGCAGAGAAACUAGACGCUUAAGGAGGAUUUAUGGGUGCAUAUGAGGUUGAGUAAUAGUUCCAAGAGCUGAUAUGAUUUGGUUCUGUAGGUUAUCAGGAAACUAAGCAUGUUCUGUGGGAGCUGAUUUGAUUUGCCUUUUUUGGUUGUCAAAACAAUAAGCAUGUUCUCUUUUUCAUAAAUUUUAUUUAAUAUUGUUAGUGUUUUUUCUCUGAACAAUUUGGAUUUGCUUGCAAUUGAAUGAGGAAAGUUUUGUGCUUUCUUAGUUGCUUUGUCUACUUUCAA